AUGAAUAAAGCAAAAAAAGCCUCGGAACCCUGCACGGGUAGUGCCGCCGCUGGACACGGCGAAGUUAAGUCCAAUAAACCCACCAUCUCGGGAACCGCAUCGACGGCGCCGAAGACAGGGCCUACACGGCCCAAACAGAUUCGGCCCUCCGCAGAAUCUGGAGGGAAUGCUAAGCCCCCAGAGGGAAGGCAUACUUCCAGCGAUACCGGCAAAACUAUACCCCUCGAGGGAAAGUCGAGGCCGGUGGGGAUGCAGCGUUUUGUUGUCUUUGUCAUCAACGAUGCUUCCGUCCCAGUUCUCGAGGGUUGUGGUGGGGUAACAAGCUACGGCUUUUACUCCAUCACGGUGAAAAUCCACCGGAAAACGGACCAACAAGGGGAGGAGGCUGGCAACGCCUCGAGCGGACCCACUCCUCCCGAUAACUCAACCGACGAAGGGGCCAACAACACAGGCAACGCCUCGAGCGGACCUGGCGCCUACGAGUCGGCAUCGGUGGCAGACAGCGCGGGGUCCACAGGAAACACCACGAGUGGACCUGGGGACCUACCAACGGGUGUACCCGAAACCGCGUCAGAUACUGAGAGCGACACGAGCUCAGUAUCUGCCUACGUAGGGUCGGUAUACAGCCGGUGGGCAAUGCUGAACGAGGACCAGCUUCUGGACUCAGAACCCGAGGAGGAGGUUAAUGACAUCACAGUCAUUGCCGCCGCCGAACGGGAGGAGCUAGAAGCGAUGGACAUCACCGACUCUGAGGAUGGUGCAGAUCCUACAAAUUAA